CUUAGAAAUGAUUAAACCUUAAACCCAGAUAAUGACACUGUAUGGCCUUUAGACAGUCACAGUUUUUAUUGACAUUUCCGGUUGCUUAAAGGAGGGUGUAACCAUGCAAUGAAACAUUUACAUUCCCUCCUGCAUCUCAUAGAAUUUCUUCUGCUUGGUUGAACAUAUGUAUGUUUCAGAUAAAUGCAUUCUCUGUGGUUCUUUUAAAGGCAUGUGUAGACAGCCCAUUUACUUAGCAAGAGCUGUGUUGACAGUCAGACUUCUUUCCUGUUUGGUAUUCAGCUCACAGAACCCUCAGUGCCUCUCUAAUGAAGCACAGACCCACAGUGCCUUACUUCAGCCCAGCAGUCUCAGUGAGAUUGUCUCAGGCUAGUGAAAAGGAGGAGACAGCAGGGGAGAAUGAGCACCACAGAAAUAUUCUUAGCCCCAAAUUAGUUAUAUUGUAAGAGUUUUCACAGUGAAAAUAAGCCAGAAGAAUGUGGAUUCAUAUUCCAGGAAAGGGAUGUUCAUUGAUUAAGACAUUUUACACUAUUCACUAUCUAGAAGUCCAGGGAGAGAGAGGCCUGUUUUUUAUACUAUUUAAUCUUACAGUACUAAGGAAACGAGAGACAGACAACCUCUGUUAUUAACUUGUAACAUACAGUACAUAGCUUGCUCCCCUCAAGAGCCGUCCCAUCAUGGUUAUUGUCGAGUUCUAAUUAGCUCUUAUUUUCUGUUAUCCAGGGUUGGAUGGUAUGAAGUCCUUACAGGUUCUGCAGCUCUCCUUCAACAGGAUCUCAACUCUACGACCAGGGGUCCUUAGCAAACUUCGACAACUGAAAGAGCUACACCUACAACAUAACCUCAUCACGAGUCUCCAUCCACAGAUGUUCCAGGAUUUAGGCCAGCUCAGGGUCCUCGAUCUGAGCUUCAACAUGCUGACCAGUCUCCAUCCUUUGAUGUACCUCUCUCUGCGUAACGUUGGGGCAGACGUCAGCCUAGGUGGGAACAGGUGGCAGUGUGACUGCAGCAUGCGCAGUCUAAGAAGACGGAUGGCCUAUGACAGCAGCAGAAGCCUGCAGUCCUGGAGCAUAGUGUGUGCUUCCCCCUCCAUCCUCUCAGGCAGAGACCUGCUACAAUUGGAGGAGAAUGACCUUAACUGUUUUAGUACUGAAAGCAGGCCAGAGCUCCACCAAGAUGUGACAGUCUACAGUGGCUCCGAGAUACUGCUGUCUUGCUCUAUGCAAGAUUCAUUGUGGUGGACGCCCAAUAAUCAAGCAUCUGUGAGUCAACCCCAGGCUGGUCUGCUCAUCAGGGACAUCACAGAGGGAGACACAGGACUUUAUGUGUGUAUGUCUGAGGAACAUGAAGUUAUUUCUGUUUUUAACCUCCACAUUAGUAGGAUAGGAGGAACAAGAAGAAAAACUAGAAGUUUAUCCAGAACCAGCCAACAAAUAAUGGCACAAGGCACCUCAAAUAGGAUGGGUCAGGAAGGGAAUCAGAGAACACAGUCUGACUUUGUUUUAGCUGUGUGUCUUUCUGUUUUCAUCACAUUUCUGAUAGCCUUUAUCCUUGGGGUCCUAGCAAGACCUCUUUUUGAUGUUCUCUGCAGAAGGGUCACCAACAAGAGCUCCUCUGAAACCCACUCUGUCUCAUCUGUAGAACAAAGUCAAUAUGACAAUGAGGCCUAUGCCAAUAUUGAGGAACUGGAAGGGACAAGAACAUACAGUGAAAGGAGGGUCACAUUUAGCACUGUAGACUUUAGAGAGGAGAUAAAUGUGCAAUAUUAUGAUGCCGUGGCCAAUGAGGGGCAGGAAAGCAUCUAUAGUCGUCCAGUAAUCAAAUGUAAAGCAGCUGAGGCUGAGAAGGAUAAGCACACAGCUGAUGAUUCAGGAAGUGAAAACAGCUUACGACAGAAUAGUCCAGAAGAUAACCAGAGAGAUGUUAGAGACCACACACACAACAUGGAGGUUGAAGACAUCCCAGAUCGUGUUGUGCUAGAGAAGAGAAGAAGCUUGUCUUCACACUCAGAUUCUUCACUAUCUGACAAGGAAUUAAAAGAGGACCAAAUGACCCAGGGACACCACACAUUACCCAAGUCUCCUCAGCUAGUAGAGGACUCUGUUCAGCAGAGUGUUGAUUUCUCAACGGCAAGAAAAGUAGAUGUGCCACAAUGUGCCAUAGAGGGCACAAGUGAAAUUCAUGAAUUUUCCUCUGAGCGCUUUGUAGAUCGGUUACCACAUACAAAUACCCACAACCUAGAAGACCUUGCACUGUGGCAGGAGGAUGGAGAACCAUUUGAAUUUAGUGAUUCUGUUCGAAGUACAUCUGCACGGUCCAGCAGCAUGUUUGGUUCAUUUAAUCAUUCAAAAUUGAUUGUGGCACCCACAUCAGAUAAGCAAAGGGGGGGUGAUAUGUCCAGCUCCAGCUCAUAUGUCAGUGAGGACGAGCCUUCACAUUACACUGUGAACUCAGACCAAGAGGAAGAGGAGGAUAUAGUAAGGAACUACACUGAACCUGACGUCUGUUUUGAGCAGCAGAUCCACAAUAUAGACCCAGUCAGGCCCUCAUUAGGAAUUAAUCAUGGUGAUUACAGACAUGACUUAAAAAUCAAGAAGCGUUUGGAUAUCAAAGCACCAUCGCCACCUGCUGAUUCAUCUUCUAGCAGUGACAGUGAGGAUGAAACAACAAACCAUAUAGAGAAACACGAGCAAGAGAUGCAUAUGGAAAGGCUUCCAAUUAAAGUAUCUCAAACUGUAAGUCAGGACCCAGAAACAGAGUGGCCUACAGUUAAUCUUGAGCAUACUAUGCGUAUCAACAGACGUCUAGAUAUCAAAGCAUCAUCACCCACUUUUGAUUCAUGUUCUAGUAGUGACAGUGAGGAUGAAUCAAUAGGCUACACAGAGAAGCAAAGACCAGGAAAGGUGAACAUUGCGGGGCUUCCAUUUCAAGAAAAUCAAGCAGAAAGUCAUGAUCCAGAAACAUGGUGGCCUAUCCUUGAUCUUGAGCAUACUACUCGUAUCAAGAGGCGUCUAGAUAUCAAAGCACCAUCACCCACUUCUGGUUCAUCUUCUAGUAGUGACAGUGAGGAUGAAACAACAAACCACAGAAAGAAACAGGGCCAAGGGGAGACAUACAUGGCAAGGCCCCCAAUCAAUGUAUCUCCAACUGUGAGCCAUGAGUCAGAAACACAGUGGCCUACCCUUGAUCUUGAGCAUAUUCCACGCAUCACAAGACGUCUAGAUAUCAAAGCACCAUCACCCACUUCUGAUUCAUCUUCUAGUAGUGACAGUGAGCAUGAAACAACAAACCACUUAAAGAAACAGGGCCAAGGGGAGACAUACAUGGCAAGGUCUCCAAUCAAAGUACCUCAAAUUGUGAGUCAUGAGCCAGAAACACAGUGGCCUACCCUUGAUCUUGAGCAUAUUCCACGUAUCACAAGACGUCUAGAUAUCAAAGCACCAUCACCACCUCCUGAUUCAUCCUCUAGAAGUGAGGAUAAAAAUACAGGCUACAUAGAGAAACAGAGACCAGCAACGGUGAACAUUGCAGCUCUUCCAUUUCAAGAGACUCGAGCAGAAAGUCAUGAUCCAGAAACAUGGUGGCCUAUCCUUGAUCUUGAGCAUACUACUCGCGUCAAGAGGCAUCUAGAUAUCAAAGCCCCAUCACCGACAUCUGAUUCAUCUUCUACUAGUGACAGUGAGGAUGAAACAAUAGGCUACACAGAGAAGCAAAGACCAGGAAAGGUGAAAAUUGCAGGGCUUCCAUUUCAAGAAACUCAAGCAGAAAGUCAUGAUCCAGAAACAUGGUGGCCUAUCCUUGAUCUUGAGCAUACUACUCACAUCAAGAGGCGUCUAGAUAUCAAAGCACCAUCACCCACUUCUGAUUCAACUUCUAGUAGUGACAGUGAGCAUGAAACAACAAACCACUUAAAGAAACAGGAGCAAGGGGAGAUGUACAUGGUAAGGCCUCCAAUCAAAGUAUCUCAAACUGUGAGUCAUGAUCCAGAAACACAGUGGCCUACCCUUGAUCUUGAACAUAUUCCACGCAUCACAAGACGUCUAGAUAUCAAAGCACCGUCACCACCUCCUGAUUCAUCCUCUAGCAGUGACAGUGAGGAUGAAACAACAGGCUACAUAGAGAAACAGAGACCAGCAAAGGUGAACAUCGCAGGGCUUCAAUUUCAAGAAACUCAAGCAGAAAGUCAUGAUCCAGAAACAUGCUGGCCUAUCCUUGAUCUUGAGCAUACUACUCGCAUCAAGAGGCGUCUAGAUAUCAAAGCACCAUCACCCACUUCUGAUUCAACUUCUAGUAGUGACAGUGAGCAUGAAACAACAAACCACUUAAAGAAACAGGAGCAAGGGGAGAUGUACAUGGUAAGGCCUCCAAUCAAAGUAUCUCAAACUGUGAGUCAUGAUCCAGAAACACAGUGGCCUACCCUUGAUCUUGAACAUAUUCCACGCAUCACAAGACGUCUAGAUAUCAAAGCACCGUCACCACCUCCUGAUUCAUCCUCUAGCAGUGACAGUGAGGAUGAAACAACAGGCUACAUAGAGAAACAGAGACCAGCAAAGGUGAACAUCGCAGGGCUUCAAUUUCAAGAAACUCAAGCAGAAAGUCAUGAUCCAGAAACACAGUGGCCUACCUUUGAUCUUGAACAUAUUCCACGCAUCACAAGACGUCUAGAUAUCAAAGCACCGUCGCCACCUCCUGAUUCAUCCUCUAGCAGUGACAGUGAGGAUGAAACAACAGGCUACAUAGAGAAACAGAGACCAGCAAAGGUGAACAUUGCAGCUCUUCCAUAUGAAGAAACUCGAGCAGAAAGUCAUGAUCCAGAAACACAGUGGCCUACCUUUGAUCUUGAACAUAUUCCACGCAUCACAAGACGUCUAGAUAUCAAAGCACCGUCACCACCUCCUGAUUCAUCCUCUAGUAGUGACAGUGAGGAUGAAACAACAAACCACAUAAAGAAACAGGAGCAAGGGGAGACAUACAUGGUAAGGCCUCCAAUCAAAGUAUCUCAAACUGUGAGUCAUGAUCCAGAAACACAGUGGCCUACCUUUGAUCUUGAACAUAUUCCACGCAUCACAAGACGUCUAGAUAUCAAAACACCGUCACCACGUCCUGAUUCAUCCUCUAGCAGAGACAGUGAGGAUGAAACAACAGGCUACAUAGAGAAACAGAGACCAGCAAAGGUGAACAUUGCAGGGCUUCAAUUUCAAGAAACUCAAGCAGAAAGUCAUGAUCCAGAAACACAGUGGCCUACCUUUGAUCUUGAACAUAUUCCACGCAUCACAAGACGUCUAGAUAUCAAAGCACCGUCGCCACCUCCUGAUUCAUCCUCUAGCAGUGACAGUGAGGAUGAAACAACAGGCUACAUAGAGAAACAGAGACCAGCAAAGGUGAACAUUGCAGCUCUUCCAUAUGAAGAAACUCGAGCAGAAAGUCAUGAUCCAGAAACACAGUGGCCUGCCUUUGAUCUUGAGCAUACUACUCGCAUCAAGAGGCGUCUAGAUAUCAAAGCACCAUCACCAGCUUCUGAUUCGUCUGACAGUGAGGAUGAAACCACAGACCACACAGAGAGAGAGAGGCCAGGGGUGGGGAAAUUUUCAGGACUAUCAUUUCAGAAAUCUCAAACUGUAAGUCACGAUCUAGGAACACAGUGGCCUGCUGUAGAUCUUGGUAGGAUUACUCGCAUCAAGAGGCGUUUGGACAUCAAGGCCUCAUCACCACCUUCUGAUUCAUUAUCCAAUGGUGCGUCUCAAGGCUCUCGGCAAUCUAAAUCAAACUGUUCCACAAGUGAUAGUGAGGAUGAGGACAGCAACCACAAAGCUAAACCAAGCAUGGGAGCAUAUGCUGUAUCAAAGGCCACAGAAAAGGAGUUCAUUAGGUCUCCAAAAACCCCAGCGAUAAACAUUUCACACAGACCAAAGACAGACCACAACAUCAAAUUAGAGAAGUAUACAACUAUUACAGAUGACUUUGGGGACAAAACCACAAGAGACAACAUGAGCACAACACCAGAGAUAAACCCAGAGCUUCAGUCACGGUGGGCCACGAUGAAUCUAGGUUUUUCUCGCUUCAGAAAGCAUCUUGAAAUCACACCACCUACAAAUGAACCACCAAAUCUGCCAUUAUCAUCUCCACCUGACUCCCCCUCUUCUUCCAGCAGUGAAAGUGGGAUCAAGAGUAAAAACAGUAGAACAAAACAAACCCCUGAAAACAAACAAGUGAAUGUUUCUCUCAGUUUGAAGGGUCAAGAUGACAACCCUGACAACUCAGUUGACAUUGAGAAUAGAUUAAGAAAAGCCUAUAGCCUCCCCUCAACUGAAGACCACAGUGUACCAGACCUGAGUCUUGGUGUCCCUCAUGUUAAGAGGCGUCUGAACAUCAAGGCACCAUCACCACAGCCAAGUAAUUCCCCAUCUUCCUGCAGCGACAGUGAAAAUGAGGUGAUAGGAUAUACUGCAAAACAGACAUACAGCAGACAUGCAUCAAAUCUGUCAGGAAAGACAGACGAUGACUCACUAAUAAAUUAUAAGCGCUCAAUUAUCAAAUCUUCAUCACUACCAUCUGAAUCUUUCCCCUCCAAUGGCAAAGCUCAAACUACAGACCAUACAAGACAGAGACAUACUGGGGCUGAAAUUGUAACUCCACAAAGAGGUUCAUUUCAUGCUGCGGUUAAGAGAAAGAUCGAGCAGUUCAGACACACCACAGAUGUGGAUCUGCCACCUGAGAUAAGGUGGACAGGUGUUGGCCGUCAUCUGUCUGAUCUUUCCAUCUCCAGUCCAAGGAGGCAUCUGGAUGUAAACUUAUCGUCUCCACAGCAGGCUCCAUUUGCAAAGCCAGAACAUCCACCACCUGACUCCUCCAACUCAACCAGUAGUGAAGGUGAUGAUAAAAUAAAACAAGGAAGAGGGAAAGUAGAUGCAACAUCAAUGCAUAAAUACUCAUCUCUUAGUUCCAGUAGUAUUUCUCUUUCAUCCAGCAGAGUGUUUGGCAAGCUUGACAACUCAUCCACCAACACAAAUGAGAUUUGGAGGGUUGUAUCCACGGACAGAGGGGAAAGGAAAGGCCUCAGUGCCCUAAAAGCCAUGUCAUCAGAUAGACAAAAGUGGGACACAGAAGAUGAAAAAUUAGAUAUAGGUACAUCUCCCCUAUGUGAUGACCAGGGCCCACAAGGGGACAUCAGUUCUAACCAUCACAGGUCAGAAGAAUACAUCAAACCCCUGGCCAAACAGACAAAACCAGAGGCACUUCUUUCCUCUACUUCAGUAAAUGAGAGAAGUGCAGAAGAUUUGUUGUAUGAUAUUCCUCGCUACAGGAGCCAUGUCAUUGAAGCUAUUGAUCCACCCCAAGAGCUUCCACCUCCUGUUCCAGAAACACCACCGCCAGACGAAGCAGCAGAUCUUACAUGGAGGUCUCCACAAAACAGUACAAACGAAGAAUAUGAAAGCAGAAGAUCAAAUCUGCAACAGAGGAGAAGCAUGGAGGAGCCUGACCCUUCACUUACGCCAGAAAACCUGGCAGUCUAUUUUGAUUCCUCAUAUGAGAUUACUGAGGUUUAAUAAAGAAGCCACUGAAUCUUAAACACUGACAAAACAGGCAAAUGAUUUCCAUUGUUGUUUGAUCUUAAAUUAGCUAGUGAAUUAUAAAAAAAUAGUUUUAAUUAUAUUGUAUUUUAUAUGUAUUA